AUGCUACUAGCUUCGGAUGAGGAAGAUUCCGGUUGCCAUGCCCAAGGCAAGGCAAUAGGUUUCCAAGGCAAAGCCAAAUUAAAGGGCCAUGAGCAAAUUGAUGUCUUUGAGCUGGUAUCCAGAUCAUGCCGGUGUCACCGGAAAACAUGCUUCCAUCAAUUUUCUGGAUGUGAGAAACUGGUCAUUGCAAAACGGUCAGAGCUGGCAUCCCUGGAUUCUGAAGACAGAGAACAUGCAGUCCGAGAGUUAUUCAAUUGCAGUAAGCUCUUCUCCGCUGCUGCUCCAGUGGACACUGACUGCCCACCCUCUGAUUCUGACUUGUUGCUGGCUACUGAUUCUGAAGAAGAACUAUUGGCCGUAACCUCUGAUGAAUCUGAUGAUAGCAUUUUUCUGGCUUCGGAUGAUGAAGAUCGGCCUCCUCCUAAACGAAAGUAUCAAAUCCGGAGGUCUCAAAUUACUUUCUUGGGCAAGGAAGUCUGUGUCCACGCUCUUCAGGCGUUGAUCGGUGUAGGGAGCAGCACUUUGCAGAGAAUCCGAGCCGGAGAACAAGCCUUCACGAACCGGAGACGGAAGACUGCGCCGAAGCAUCCAAUCUUUGGUUUCACCAUGAAUGACAGCAAUGUUUCCAACAAGUGGACUGGAGUGGUCAUGUUUCUCUGGCAGACCUACCAAAGUUGUGCUGAAGUAAUGCCAACCGGUUUCAAGAUGCCUAGAGACCAAGAAAUAGAUGUUCCUGAAACCAAAGAUCCAGACCUUGAGAGCCGUUUGGUGAAUCACUUUCUGCUGAGCUUGCAAACCUAUUCUACUGACCCAGAUGUGCACCUAAUUGGCCCCGGAACCUUCUCAGGGCCAUGUCACGAGGACUUGGAUCAAGCUUUCUCUCAACAAGCUGCUCUGAUUUGCCGGCAUACUUUUGACACUCCUGAGCAAGUAGUUGAAAUCCUGGACAGUUGCUGUCGUCCUACUGAACCUGCUGAGCAGCAGCGCAAGCGUCACAAAACCCACAAGGUUGAAGCUGUUGCUUCCAAACUUGAUGAGGUGGCGGAGUGGAAGGAUUGGUCUGCAGUUGCAGGAUAUGUGGGUUCUGUGCGAAUCACUCGCCGGUGUGAUGUUGACCCAAGCUCCAUGGGCUGGUGCACUACUCAAGAACUUCGGGGUCAGCAUCCCCCAAAACCUGGAGACAUAGUCCUGAUUGCCAAAAAAAGAAUGGCUGAUGCAGAACCCUAUGCAGUGGUUGUUGUCAUGACCCAAGACCGUGCCCGAGCUUUGGAGCUUGGCUUCCAACAGCCAGUUGGUUUGGCUGAGCGGAGGCCACUGAGCGACAAGGUCAGAAAGAACAUCAGAACAGUCGGUUCCAAAUGCUUGCAACAUGGCAUCAUCAACCAAGAUGCUUUCACUUACCUUUCCAGCUGGAGUCAGGGGGAUUGGCCACGCCAACAAAGACCUUCUGCCUACAACCAUCUACUGCACCGAUGGCAGGUGCCAUUUCAUUUGGACCCGGCCACUCCGUCAUGGGAGGCUCCAAGCAGGAUCAAGCACGUGGAUUUGACAUACAAUGUUGACCCCAAUGAGUUCGAUGAUGGCCCAUCGGAUGAUGACGAAGCUCUUGCACCAAUUGACAUGCCAGAAGAGUCUGAGUCGGAGAUCAUGCAGGCUUCCGAGGAUGAUGCCCCGAAAGACACUGCCCUGCCUGAGUGUCCUCUCCGCAGCAUCAGCGUUUCCAAUGUGAUCCAAGAGUUCCUGAAAGUGGAUGGGGUCAAGACUGGGCUGCAAUCUACUCACUCGAACCUUCCCAGCACCGGGAACAACACGGUGAAGGUGGCCUCUAUUUGUAGUGGUUUGGGAAUUGCAGACAUGGUGUUCGAUCAGCUGAACCCUGCACUGCGAGAACUCCUUGACCCAAUUCCAGCUUUGAAGUUCGAGACGGUGUUCAUGUGCGAGAAGGAGCCAUGGAAAGCCAAGUGGCUUGCCAAGGCUUUUCAGCCCAAGAUCAUCUUCGAGGACAUGACAUGCUUGGGCUCCGGGCGUGGGAAGGAUGCGGUCACUCAGCAGUUCCAUGUGGUGCCUAAGGUCACGGGCUUCACUAUGGGAUUUCCUUGCACUUCCAUCUCAGCCCAGAAUUCAUGCCCGAGCUCUUUCUUGGAUGCUGCUUCAGCCACGGGGUCAGGAUUCCGAUCCCUUCUAGAUUACUGUGACUACAAUGAUGAGUUGGAAUGGCUGGUUACAGAGAAUGUACGGAAUUUAACACACAAACGGAAACAAUUCAAUGGGGAAUGCCCCAUUGACAUUCAGAACUCAGCUCUAGAGAAGAGGGGGUUUGUCCCAAUCCAUGCCUUGGUGUCUUCCCAUGAUUAUGGGGUUCCCCAGAGCCGCAGCAGAUGCUGGGGUUUGUACCUGAAGAAAACCCAGUUGAAGCAGUUUGGGCCAGACCCACGAACUUUGUUUCUGAACAUGACUUUUCAGCCAUUGCCCAUCUACAAGAUCAUUGACCCUUGUUUGGCCUCCGAAACUCCAAACAUCUCACGAGCAGCUUCCGGAAAGAAGUGGCAAUCGGAUUUCGAGAAAAUGAAGAGGAAAUACGGUAAGGCAGCGGUGAAGAAGAAUCUCGAGCUGCUGAGUGAGAAAGGCAUGCCGCUCACACCCCGGGAGCUGUCCAUCCUUUCCAUAGCCAUCACCAUCCUGCAGCAAAGGGGCCUCGACCCACUGACUCAACCGAUGAUUUGCCAAGUGGAUCAGAACUAUGAGCGAAACACCUUUGUUCGAUCAAAUCCAUUCCUGUGUCCAUGCUUGAUCCCCCAUGGCAAGUAUGUCAUUACGAGUCAAUGGCGAUGCUUGAGCGGGCAGGAGAAACUGAAGAUGCAAGGGCUUGGCAUCGAGGACAUUGCCCACUAUCAGAUCAACCGGCUCUCAGAACAGCAGCAGUCGGAUCUGGCUGGUAAUUCGUUCACUGCUGGGGUUUGCGCUGCAGCGAUUCUCAGCGUCCUCAGCUGCUGGCACCCUUCCAAACGUGCUACGGCCUUGUGA